AUGACCCUGUCUGGAGGCAGCGAAAGAGCCAGCGACAUGUCCGGUCAGACGGUGCUCACAGCGGAGGACGUGGACAUCGACGUGGUGGGCGAGGGGGACGAUGAGUGCAUGGAACGGGACAGCGACUGCGACAGUCCCGGGGUCGGCAUCCUGCACGACCUCCGGGAUGAGGAUGACAUUGAAGUCGACAAAGACGACAUGAGAUCUGGCGGCGGGAGUCCGUGCUGCGAAAGCUCGGGGGAAGGGGAGACCGGCACCGGAAAGGGGGACGAGCAAAGUGCCACGCCGGGCGGUCCGCUCCAGAAGCCCAAAAGUAGUCUGGUGAAGCCACCUUACUCAUACAUCGCGCUCAUCACCAUGGCCAUCCUCCAGAGUCCGCAAAAGAAACUCACCCUGAGCGGCAUCUGCGAGUUCAUCAGCAACCGCUUCCCCUACUACCGGGAGAAAUUCCCGGCCUGGCAAAACUCAAUCCGCCACAACUUGUCGCUCAACGACUGCUUCGUCAAGAUCCCCCGGGAGCCCGGCAACCCUGGAAAGGGAAAUUACUGGACCCUGGACCCGGCUUCUGAGGACAUGUUCGACAACGGAAGCUUCCUCAGGAGGAGGAAAAGGUUCAAAAGGGUUCAACCGGACGUGCUCAGGGACCAGACUGCUCUUAUGAUGCAAAGUUUCGGGGCGUACGGUCUCGGUGGUCCUUAUGGGAGGCACUACGGUAUCCAUCCGGCCGCGUACUCGCACCCCGCGGCUUUGCAAUACCCGUACAUCCCCCCCGUCGGGCCCAUGCUGCCCCCGGGUGUUCCUUUACUGCCGUCGGCCGAGUUGAACCGCAAAGCCUUCAACUCCCAGCUCAGCCCCGGCCUGCAACUUCAGCUCAACAGUCUGAGCACGGCGUCCAUGAUUAAGUCCGAGCCGUCAAGCAGACCCUCGUUCAGCAUAGAGAACAUAAUCGGAGUGUCCAGCACGUCGGCAUCCACGGCGGGUUCAGCUCAGGCCUUCCUGCGGCCUCCAGUGACUGUGCAGUCGGCCCUGCUGAGCGCUCAGUCCCUCUCACUCAACCGGACCUCUGCGGCAAUCGCUCCCAUCCUCAGUGUACCUUCCAGUAUUCUUUCUGGACAUGUUUUACCAUCAGCCACGGCGGCCGCAGUGUCCAAAUGGCCUUCACAGUGA